AGCAGCGGCAUCAGGGCAGGGACUCACUCCAGCCCUUGGACUUAAGACAUCUUACCAUCUUACGUUGCGUGCGUGACUCAUUCGCACUCAUUUCUGUUUAUGCCUGGGGUGGGGAGAAAAAUCCCAAACCAGUUCUCUCCCCAGAGCUACCAACACCAGACUCUUCUCAUGUGACUCUGGUCUCAUCUGCCCUCCCUCUGCUGGAGCCCAGGCUGUGUAAAUGAGUAUGGAAGAUUAUGAUUUCCUGUUUAAAAUUGUUUUAAUUGGCAACGCUGGUGUGGGGAAGACGUGCCUAGUUCGACGGUUCACUCAGGGUCUUUUCCCCCCAGGUCAAGGAGCCACAAUUGGAGUUGACUUUAUGAUUAAGACAGUGGAGAUUAAUGGUGAAAAAGUAAAGCUUCAGAUCUGGGACACCGCAGGUCAAGAGAGGUUUCGGUCCAUCACUCAGAGCUAUUACCGAAGCGCCAAUGCCUUGAUCCUCACCUAUGACAUCACCUGUGAGGAAUCCUUCCGCUGCCUUCCCGAGUGGCUGCGGGAAAUAGAACAAUAUGCCAGCAACAAGGUCAUCACUGUGCUAGUUGGCAACAAGAUUGAUUUGGCUGAAAGGAGAGAGGUCUCCCAGCAGAGAGCUGAAGAAUUCUCAGAAGCCCAGGACAUGUAUUAUCUGGAGACCUCAGCCAAGGAAUCUGAUAAUGUGGAGAAACUCUUCCUUGACUUAGCAUGCCGUCUCAUCAGUGAAGCCAGGCAGAACACCCUUGUGAACAAUGUAUCUUCUCCUUUACCUGGAGAAGGGAAAAGCAUCAGUUAUUUGACUUGUUGUAACUUCAACUAAAGGCUGAGGCACGGAGAAGCAAAAGGAAUCAGCAGCUGCCCCAAUGGGCCACAGAUUGCUGGGGAGACCUGGAGGUGACAGUGGCUCCUGUUCUCGGACCUUCUGACUCCUGAGUUUACAAAGCAUGGCAGGCCAAGGGCCUGGGCCACAGGCCGGCAUUAGCAGAACAUAUAAUGGUUUCAUCCUUUUGCAGUCUGGAGGCAGAGCAAGGAAAAGAUUGCACUGGGCACUCCAUGACCUGCAGAGCAUGUUGCUUUUGUUUUUUUAAAAAGCAAGCAAAAGCGCAUUCCUGAACACAGUCCGGAGAAACCCCUCCUGCCCGUCAGUGGGUGCAUGUGGGGGCUGUUCUUUUUAGGGCUUUUGGGGGCCUUGGUUUUCUUAUCCACCAGAUAACCAAAACUGGGAAGGCCAAGUACUGUCUCCGUGGUGCGUGUUAAUGACCCCAUGGAGAUUUUGAAAAGUGUUAUUUCUCUUGUCCACAGGCACUUUCAAGACCUUUGGGAUGUAAAAAAAUGAAAUGAAACCUUUACCCAUGACCAACAGUUAACCAUUAUUGUUUUAAUAAUAUAUACAAGCUCCACAACUCCUUUUGGUGCUAAUGAUUCUGCUAUUUCACAGACCAAAUGUCUUAGUACAUUUAUGUCCUUAAAUGUAUUUCAUAGAAAUAAAAAAAAUAAGGGAAGUCCAUGAAUCAGCACUCUUUUUCAAAGUCUCAUCAUACCUUUUCUAGGGUGGAUUUACUGGAAAAGAGAAUACUUCCUUUUACGUUCCCCUCUAAAUCUUAACCAUUGUUUCAUCUUUCCUGUCCUUUAAGUAAGUGAAAAAAAAAAUGAAAAAAUAGUGGUAGAUAAUAUUCUAAUAUAAAAGAUUAGCUCUAAGACAUUACAAGUGGGUUUGAGAAAACAGAUCGGAUCUGACCAAAAUACUGUGGAUGCCUGGACUGCAGUGGAGAGUUUCAAGCAGAGCACAGCCCUGGGCGCAGCCGUGUCUGCUCUCCGGCACUAUUGAUCUUGGACAGACCAAGGCCUAGGAUUUUGUAGGUUUUUAGUAUAAGUGAAAAUAGCAACAGAUGCAAAUUCUCACAAACCAUUUUUGUAUCUUCAAUGAUAACCUUAGAAAAUAUCUGCUCGUGGAGGCAGGUUCAAUCGUCAUUUGUCACCUCUUUUGUGUUGUAGUGUUACCUUCGGACAUGCAUUCUUUCCUGUUUCUUUUUUCCUCUCUUUCUUUCCUGGCCUCUCCCUUCUUUUCUGCUUCCCUCCCUCCCUCUUCCUGACUGCCCCCUUUCCUUAUAUGCAUGUGUUACUGCACACCUCCAGUUCAGAUGGAGGUGUAUAUGCCUUUACUUAGCCAAUUUUAAACCAGGACUCAAAAAUGGAAGACAUGCUGCUGAAUAUGUGUUAUUUCUUCAGUGCCAUAAUUUGAUACCAUCCAAUUUGUUUACUGAUAUUAAUGCAAAUUGGAAAAAUAAACCUGAAUGUGGUCAAUGCUCUCAGAUGUUUAUGUAGCUUGCUGCUUAGCAUAAUUGAGGGAUGAGUAAUGGAAUAAGGAUAUAAUAUGUAAUCCCGCUGUUUCUGUGGAUGGAGGCAAUCUCGGUCCUGAUAUGUUGAUGUUUGAAAGCUAAUUUUAAAGCAGUGAGUCCUGUAGAGAUAAGGUAUUGAUAAAGCAUUUCUAGCAUUCUCUAGCAGGUUUCAGGGUGAGCCAUCCUUGCACAUGGGGACUAUACAUUAUUCUUUAAGGGACUGAUGCUUUUGGCUGGCCCCACUGUUUGUCCUGAUCAUAUGAGUAAGAGAGAGCCCAGAAGUUGGAGUUGUUUUUUAUUUUAGAACCUCUCUCUACAGAAAAGAAAAAUCAUUUUAAUAAACACUAAGCAAAAGAAUUUACAACUGUUGCCUUUUUUUCCCUCAUCUUUCCCACUAAGACAGCAACUACAGGUAUUCAGGUUACACAGGAAAACAAGUGGACCAAGUCGGGCAGAAGAACUCUUUUUAAACUGUGAGGAAAUGUGCCUAAGUUUAGAUUUAUUAUCUUUUAAUUAGGGCAAAAAUCCAAUUACCCUCGUACAUCAUGACCCAACUUUGUCUGACAGCAGCAAGUGUGUUGAAAAUCAAGUUGCUCUGUGAACUUGAAAAUAGGACUUUUGUUAGAUUGGACAAAUGUAUGUAAAAUAACAGCUUUUAGAGUCACUCUUGCAUUCUGAAAUUCUUAUUCCCUAAGGCUCACCCUCCUCUAUCUGUCACUGGCUGCACUUAUGAGGGGAUCAGAAAGCUUUGCCCCUGGCCCCUUCCCUGGUACUCCGUCCAGCCUUUCUGUAACUUAGUCACCCACCGCGGCCCCUCGGCAGGACACAGGAGAAUGUGGGCCUCCCCCCCACCCCUUAGUUGUGUGAAUUCCAGAUUAGGCUUUAUGGACAUUUGGUCACUGAUGUAGCUCCAGUUUGAAAACAAUCCCUGACAAUAUUGUAGGGGCUUAAUAAGUAUAGUCAAAUAAAUAAAUUAGUGCCAAGAGGAAUGGUUAAAUAGAAAUUGCUCAAAAAAACUCAGGCCAGGACCUAAACUUAUUUCUUUGGCUACUAGUUCUUGUCAUGGUAAUAUUUGCUAAGAUGAGUCUUCUUAAAUAAAAAUGAAUUCUCAUUUAAUGGUGAAUGAAAAAGGAAGUAGCUUUCUCAUAAUUCAGUUUGGCUUAACCUGGGUCAUAAGACUGUCAGACUCCAUGUCUACUUGCAUUUUUGGUGUGAUCUUUCUUCUUUUAUUAAAGUUACUAAAUAUAUGACAAUGUAUCAUAUUCAUGUCAUGAAUCUGGUUUGGGAAAAUCUGUGAAAUCAUAUACCUUGGUGAUAUUAAUGAUUUAUUAUGGCUUUGUGUAGACUGUAUCCUGAAAGGAUUUUGUGCUUUCUCCUUUACCUGUGCAAGGCUUUUUAUUUCUUUAUAUGCCUUUAUUAGACAUAUUGAAUUAUGUUAACAUUUAAUUUUGAUUAUACAGGGCCAAUUAUCCUUUCUGUGGAUUACUUAAAUUAGCCUAUUAGCUUUUCCUGGACUUUCUUUUUCCCUUUUAGUCAUUUUAAGUUCUGUCUCAUUCCUGAGUAAAGUAGCAAGAAAACUAAAA